UUCACAUAGCAGAGUUUUCUGGUGGCCUACUGAAGCUCUGCUGGAAAUGGCCAAUUCUUGGCCAGCUGGGGCACUAUUAUGUGCCUUGGCAAUAUGCUUGUUAGCUAACAAUGUAGCAGCCGAAUAUGAGUCAUACACUUAUGCAUCACCACCGCCGCCUCCAUAUGUUUACAAAUCUCCACCUCCACCGUCUCCUUCCCCACCACCACCCUACGUCUAUAAGUCUCCACCACCUCCAUCACCAUCACCUCCUCCUCCAUAUGUCUACAAAUCUCCACCUCCCCCUUCUCCAUCACCACCCCCGCCAUAUGUCUACAAAUCCCCACCACCGCCGUCUCCUUCACCUCCCCCACCUUAUGUUUACAAAUCUCCACCACCGCCUUCUCCAUCACCGCCCCCUCCAUAUGUCUACAAAUCCCCACCGCCACCUUCUCCAUCACCACCUCCACCAUACGUCUACAAAUCUCCACCACCACCAUCUCCUUCACCUCCACCACCUUACGUCUACAAAUCUCCACCACCGCCAUCUCCAUCGCCACCACCUCCUUAUGUUUACAAAUCUCCACCACCACCCUCUCCAUCACCUCCUCCUCCAUAUGUUUACAAGUCACCACCCCCACCAUCUCCAUCACCCCCACCACCAUAUGUUUACAAGUCACCACCCCCACCAUCUCCAUCACCCCCACCACCAUAUGUUUAUAAAUCCCCACCACCGCCUUCUCCAUCACCACCGCCUCCAUAUGUUUACAAAUCUCCACCUCCACCAUCUCCUUCACCUCCACCACCAUAUGUCUACAAAUCCCCACCGCCACCUUCUCCAUCACCACCUCCUCCAUAUGUCUACAAAUCUCCACCACCACCAUCUCCUUCACCUCCACCGCCUUAUGUCUACAAAUCUCCACCUCCGCCUUCUCCAUCGCCGCCACCUCCUUAUGUUUACAAAUCUCCACCACCACCCUCUCCAUCACCUCCUCCUCCAUACGUUUACAAGUCACCACCCCCACCAUCCCCAUCACCCCCACCGCCAUAUGUUUAUAAAUCCCCACCACCACCUUCUCCAUCACCACCGCCUCCUUAUGUGUAUAAAUCCCCACCACCACCAUCUCCUUCACCCCCACCACCUUAUGUCUAUAAAUCUCCACCACCGCCUUCUCCAUCGCCACCACCUCCUUAUGUUUACAAAUCUCCACCACCACCCUCUCCAUCACCUCCUCCUCCAUACAUUUACAAGUCACCACCCCCACCAUCUCCAUCACCCCCACCGCCAUAUGUUUAUAAAUCUCCACCACCGCCUUCUCCAUCACCACCACCUCCAUAUGUCUACAAAUCUCCACCUCCACCGUCUCCUUCACCUCCACCACCUUAUGUCUACAAAUCUCCACCUCCACCUUCUCCAUCACCACCCCCUCCAUAUGUCUACAAAUCCCCACCACCACCAUCUCCAUCACCUCCUCCUCCAUACAUUUACAAGUCACCACCCCCACCAUCUCCAUCACCCCCACCGCCAUAUGUUUAUAAAUCCCCUCCACCGCCAUCACCAUCGCCACCACCUCCUUAUGUUUACAAAUCUCCACCACCACCCUCUCCAUCACCUCCUCCUCCAUACGUUUACAAGUCACCACCCCCACCAUCUCCAUCACCUCCACCACCGUAUGUUUAUAAAUCCCCACCACCACCAUCGCCACCACCACCACCACCUCCUUAUGUUUACAAGUCUCCACCUCCUCCAUCUCCAUCACCACCUCCUCCAUAUGUAUACAAGUCGCCGCCACCACCAUCUCCAUCACCUCCACCACCUUAUGUCCAUAAAUCACCGCCACCACCAUCUCCAUCUCCACCACCUCCUUAUGUGUACAAAUCGCCACCUCCACCAUCUCCUUCACCCCCACCUCCUUAUGUCUACAAAUCCCCACCUCCUCCAUCCCCGUCACCUCCUCCUCCAUAUGUAUACAAGUCACCACCACCGCCAUCCCCCUCACCCCCGCCGCCAUAUGUUUACAAGUCUCCACCACCGCCUUCUCCCUCACCCCCACCUCCUUAUGUGUACAAAUCACCCCCACCACCCUCACCAUUGCCACCACCUCCAUACUACUACAGCUCUCCACCUCCUCCAGUCUACUAAUGACUAAUGAAACCGUUGCGACUCCUUUCUUCACCACAGAGAUUAUUGAAAAGAUUUAUUGUUGGAAAAAUAAGGAAAAGGAUGAUUAGCUCAAGGAAUAAAGCUGGCCUUUGGAGAACAAAGACGGCUCAAGAAGCCAUAGCUGAUGGCUGUUGUUGUUCUUUUUUUUUUUUUAUUCAAGUCGUACUUGUUACUUAUUUUCUUAUAUGUUCAGUUAACAUCUUUUUACAUGUUGACAAAUCGAAUAAAUUGAAUUUGUGGCGCACAAAAA